GCAAGGGACACGAGACCAUAAAGGUUCCCAAUUCCGCUGCAACAGCUUUGCGAGCCAAGAUGCCGCGUCAUGGCAUUCGCGUCGUCCCAUUCUGAGCCGGGCCAUGGUGGACUCUACCUCUAGGUACAGUAGGCUCCGGCUGCCCUGGUGGUCCCUCUCCGAUUCCGCAUCGUUGGAUCCGUCGAGAGAGAGAAAAGACGCCAGUGACGUUGGCCUGCCUGCCCGCUUGCCCGGUCCGAUCCCGUGUCCGGGUCUGGCCAUGACAUGACUUGAAGCAGAAAGGCCGAUCAGACCCAAUGCGAGUGGGAACAGAGAGCCAAGGGAACGGUUCAGGUUCCCAACGGGAAACGAUUUGAACCCUUUCCCGGCCUCUCAAACUUGACUUGUAAACGAAUGCGAUUUCGUUACAUUGAAUCCGUCACUCCUCCGAUCCAGGAACCACAGCAUCAUCGUCCUCAAUACUCUGGAAUUGCUGGAGACUUCGUCCCACUCACAACUCAGGCUCUCUCUCCGCCAUUCUGUCCACGUACCUAUCUGACGUACGACUGCAUUGCGGCAUCCCUUGGUCUCCAACAAUUCCCCCUGCCACGUCUCAUCCAGACGGUCCCUUGCUCAUACGGUACUGCAAGUGGCUACCGUACGCGCGUCAGAUACUAAUCUCUCUCUCUUGACUCUUAGCCGUUCUUCCCUCUCUUCUUGUUUUUUUUCCUUUUUGAUGCCUUCUCUUUCGUGUACAAGUAGGCAAUGUACGGCCCCGCUGGUGCGCCUCCGUGACACUGCGCUUGCGCCCACUGCUGCCCAUCACUUCCAUCCCGCCGUUUGCGUCUCGAAACGACCCCGGAGCCUGCUUCCGUUUAGCUCGUCUGCCACUUCGUCGAGGAGGACACCUCGCCUUGAACUCCUACUGCAACGCCAAUGCUUGGGGACACAUACCUCCACCACCACACCAACAACCACAACUCCUAUUCCUCCUAGUCGCUGUUUCGACACUUACUCAAACAGUCGCUCCUUCGAAGAUCGCUUACGCCGCUCUUUGAUCCCUGUCUCCUCUUCGAGCAACCCCCCUUAUCCGUCCCUUCUCUCCCAACUCCUACGACCACGGAGGAGGACAGCAACAACAACGACGACAGCAGUCAUGACCACGCCCACCCAGUCUCGAGGCCACGCCGGCCACUCCCACGGCCUCGGCCAUCACCACCAUCACCACGACAAUGUCUACCUGACCUCGCGAAACAAGGCCGACGCCGGUGUGCGCAUCACCCGGAUCGGCCUCUACUCCAAUCUGGGCAUGGCCAUCGCAAAAGGGCUGGGCGGCUACGCCUUCAACUCUCAAUCCAUGGUCGCCGACGCCUGGCACAGCUUGACCGAUCUCGCCUCGGACAUUUUGACGCUCGCGACCGUCUCGUGGAGCUUGCGCCCACCAACCGAAAACUUCCCCCUCGGCUUCGGCAAGGUCGAGAGCUUGGGGUCGCUGGGCGUGUCGAGCAUGCUCCUGUUUGGUGGCCUCUUCAUGUGCAUGAACAGCUGCACCUCUCUCUAUGCGCACUUCUUCCUCGACCCGGCCGCUGCGGCGCAACUGCUGGAACACGCACACGGCCAUGGCCAUGGACACCAUCACCACCAUGGUGUGAGCGCCGAAGGCCCUAGUUUGCAUGCUGCUUGGCUGGCAGCCGGUACAGUGGCCGUCAAGGAAUGGCUUUACCAUGCUACAAUGAAAGUAGCCCGUGAACGUAAAUCCUCCGUUCUAGCCUCCAACGCGGUACACCACCGUGUCGACUCCCUUACCGGUAUCGUCACCCUCGCCGCCAUUCUCGGUGCCAACUUUCUUCACAACGCCUCGUGGCUCGACCCCGUCGGUGGCCUUCUUAUCUCCCUCCUCGUCAUCAAAGCCGGCUACUCCAACACCGUUUCUGCCCUCUACGAGCUUGCCGACCGCUCCGUCGACGACGAAGUCAAACAUUCAGUCCGCAAACAAUGUCUCAGGGCCCUUCAGGGGGUAUCCGAGGGCCACGAGGUGGAAGUCGUCGAAAUCACGGGUGUUAAGAGCGGUCAAAACUAUUUACUGGAUAUAGAGCUGGCGGUACCCAACAUGUGGACUGUGGAGGACGUGCGGGAGGUGGAAGAUGCGGUGAGGACGCAGGUGGGCGCCAAGGUGAGGGGUGCGAGGAAGGUCAGGAUACGGUUCGUACCUAAGGAGGAUGCGGCGGCGAAGAUCAAGAAGUUUGAUGAGUUUAUUCCGGGGGAUGUUAGUCCCAAGACUAGUCCGGAGCCGGAGGAGGAGGAGGUUGUUGUUGGUGAGGAAGAGGAACAUGAGCAUGAUCAUGACCAUGAGCAUCAUAAGCAUAAGUAGAGGAGCAAGCACGCAAGUAGGGCGUGUGUUUGAUUUGGGUAAAGGUAUCUCUGUUCAUCUACGGCGUAUAUAUAUAUAUACAGUACAAAUCUGUUGGGUGGUGUUGCUGCGUGGGGAGAAGGUUGAGGGGGACUUGAAGCAUUUUGGAGUAACAGGGUUUGCUCCAUGUAUCGAGGAAAGAAUGAGAACAAAGGCCUUGUGUGUGGCUAUUGAUCCUUCCUUGUACAUAAGCUGUGUACAUAUGGGACCCAGUUUCGCACAUACGACCAUGUCACUGUACGUAUGAAGGAUAGGGUUCAAGCUUACUUUUUGGUUGUUGAACUAUUUUGCAUAAGACGAUAAAAAGUCAAUGUAAAAAGACCGUUCGACAUCUCGUAUGCUAGAAAC